AUGAAGCUGCCUCAGCUUCUCCUUAUUUUGCUGUUUGUGGUCUUUGCAGAUGGUGUGCAACCUAAACGCUGUUUCAGCAACGUAGCAGGCUACUGCAGGAAGCGAUGCAGACUAGUGGAGAUAUCGGAGAUGGGAUGCCUGCAUGGGAAAUACUGCUGUGUUAACGAGCUGGAGAACAAAAGGCACAAGAAAGACGCCGUCGUCCAGCAGCCAAUGGAACACAGAGAUAAGUCAAAAGUACAAGACUAUAUAGUCCUGCCCACCAUCACGUACUAUACCAUCACUAUCUGA